AUGAACGACCACAAUAAGGAGUCCAUCAAGCAAGUAGAUGAGAACACAUGGCUUAUUGGUAGCCUGAUUCUUCAUUCUUCGAGUGGUCGUUCCGAUACCUCUUCUUGGUAUGACUCGACCGACAAUAUUUCCUACACCCUCACCAACGCGCCCGCCCCUCCGCCUCCGGCCGUGCCACUGCUUGCAAAUACUCCAAAGAUUUCGCUCGUGUAUCAAGCCGGAAAUAGCUCCGCAGUCUGGUCCAUAGGCACCAGUGCCUUUUGCAAGGUUAAGUUGCGUGUGGAAGGGGCAACAUCUGAGGCUGCUACAUUGGCUUUUGUCCAGGAGCAAAAGCCUUACUUUAAGACCCCUACCAUCCUACACCAGGCUGAGGAUAACAACCGGUCUUACCUCUUCCUCGGCAGAGUGCCUGGACGGACCCUUGCAGAUGCUUGGCCCACUCUAGAUGAAACUUGGAAACAUUACUAUGUGGAAGCAGUGGUGAAAGUCUGCGAAACCCUUGAAGGCUGGAAAGGCGAUAUGCUCGGUGGCGUGGAUGGAAAAGGCAUACCUGAAGAGUAUCUCGUCAAGCUCGGAGCUGUUACGAAAGACUUUCGCCCCGAGAAACUUACGGAAGUUUGUCAACUGAUGGGUAUGGAUUGCUCGAGAUUCGUUUUUUACCAUGCCGAUCUCGGUCCUGGAAAUAUCGUUGUGGAAGAUGUGCCUAGAUCUGGCACUAUUGGCAUCAUUGAUUGGGAGAUUGCUGGGUAUUUCCCAAGGGGAUGGAUACGAACCAAGUUUCGCAUAAGCAGUGGACUGGACCUUCCCAAUCCGGGUGUCAAUGAGUCGUAUUGGUGGAGGUCGGAGGUUCAAAAGUUACUGGAGAAGCAUGGAUUUGAGGACCAUGUGGCAGACUGGCAGUCCUGGUGGUAUUGA